CACAUCUCAGCAUGGCUGUUUACAGUCUUGCCUACUUUCACCUUCUCCUCACUCUGCCAUAACUAUUGAAGCUCAGCUACUUCUCUGUGGAGUGAAAUAAUUCUGUGAUGGAUAUAAUUUCCUGGGUGUAAGAAAGAGGCAGGUGAACGAGUGAAGAGCGAAUUCACACUUUAAAGAGCAGCGAAAACCAUCUUGCCAUGAAACCAUUCACAGAUGAAGAUGUAGAAAUCUACAUCCAGAGCAAGGUGGAACGGCGGCAUUACCUGGUUUCCAAAGCGGUGGAGGAGGUGCAGAAAAUCAUCCAGCAGCUGACCGCAGAGAUCAGCUACAAGGCCGUGCGAUUCCAGGCUAUCUCCAACUCUGGCAUUCACAAUGAGAACAUUAAGGAUCAGCCAGCUUUACUGGCCAAGUGGUCAGCUAUGCUUCGGAGGAAGCGCCCAUUCCACCCAUCCAUCCAGGUCUUAGCACCCAGCCAGUUCCUGAUCACAGUUCCUCUGCGCGGCCUGACCGGUUACAGGGAAUGCCAGGUACGGCACUGGCGCUAUUACACCGUGCAUGGAGCCAAGCUCCUCUCCUCCGUGAGGGACCCUGAGGAAUUGCAUCAGUGGCUGGAGGUGGAGCAGUUCUCAAAAAGCCUUCAGCAGUGGCAUGAAGAGGAUGUGAACAUCGAAGGUGAUCUGGUUCCAGCCAAGGUCCUUAUCGUCUUCCGGGAGCUGGUGGAGAAGUCGAUUGUCUCCUGUAACCUCUCCAGUAAAGUGACAGUGCUGGAGAGCUUCAGCUCAGUGGUUCGGGUGGCUGUGGAGACAUCAGAAUCCCAGGUUGAGGUGGAGCUGGUCCCUGCUGUGGAGAUUCCAACUUGCUGGCCCGAGAAAGCCCGGUGGCCUCGUUGCCUUAAGCGUUGGCCUUCUCAGGAAAAAGUGCAAUGCAUCAAGUCGCUGGGUUUCGACCUCCUGGCCCGCUCUAAUUACCACUGGCAGCUGUGCUUCUCCCGUGCUGAGCACAUCCUCAUGGAGGGACUUGAUGAAGAUGGUGGUUGUCGCAUGAAGUGCUUCAGGGUCAUGAGGCAGAUGAAGGAAGAUGUCUGGUGUGCUGGAAAUAAGCCUGUCAUCACAGCUUAUCACCUUCAGACAGUGCUAUUCUGGACGUGUGAAAAAUACCCACGCACCAAGGAUUGGCGCUGCUUCUCUGAAGCCUUUCUGAGGCUGGUACAGAAGCUGCACAAGUGCGUAAGCCAACACUUCCUCAAGCAUUACUUUCUCAAGAACACCAACCUGCUCAAAUAUGCCAACACCAGUGACCUGGACCUGGUGGCCAGCAAGCUCGCAGUCUUCUUGGAGAACCCCGUUUUCUGCCUGGACUAAGGCAGGCAAAGGUCUCGCCCCAACCCUGAGUCAAUCCCGCAGCUCCACUCCCCACCUGUGGCUGCUCUCUGUGUCCUUCCAGUAGAUGUUGCAGCUGGCUCUGUGAGACAGUUGGCACAUGCAGCGCGAAAGAGAAGUGUCGAGCUGGCAGCGGUGGGCUGUGAAAACUGAUGGGAGGUCUCACUUGAUGCCCAGCUGAUCUAAUUUGCUUUCAACAGUGACAGUCUGCCUGGAAGCCGCAGCCAGUGAAACCCAACUUUGUGUGUCAGUCAGAGCAGGCAACUGCCUUGUUCUGUGUCUCCAGUCUUGUGGCGCCUAAGCUGAAAGGCAGCGCAAAGGAGUCUCGCUCUGCUGCCUCUGUAACCGGGCGCGUGUAUUGUUGCCGUCGCCUUUCUCACAAGGACAGCAGGUUUAAUUGCCUGCUUAGCUCACAGGCCAGCUCUGCAGAGGGGCAGAGGAGCAUUUCUGAGGUGUUCUGAGGCUGGAAGCUUUCUCAGAGGAAAUUCAAUUGAGUGAGAUCCUGCUCCGGUAGGACCCAGUAGGAAUUUAACCAUACUGCUACUGUUGAAGAGCUCAAAGGAAGCAAGAAGAGGAACAGUGGGUUUUGCCCAUUCAUUUUUCUCUCCUCCACUUACAUUUUUCUUCCAAUUGCUUCAAGUAUGUCUUUUUGGUGUUUGCCUUUGCCAGUUGUGUUAAUGCUAUACAGUUAGGGGGCUUUGGCAGGGCAGAUUUCACUCCCACCCCUGGCUCUAUCCAGCACGCUGGACGAGGAGCAGGUCUUUCUCUAGUUGUUAGCACCCACGUAUUUUUGGGUGCAGUGCAGAAGGAGAAUAUUUUUCAAAGGCUCUUAGCUCCAAGGCCACCAGUGCUUUUAAUUUUGUGGAUGUUUCAAAAGAAAAUGGAUUUUAGUAUUUCAAAAGAACAGAGCUUUAGAAAUAAUAUAGAGAAUUCCGGGUUUAAUGUUAUUAAAUUACUGAGACUAAAUUACUGAGACUAACCCAAGAUAGGGGGGAUUUGGGGUUUGGUUUGGUGGGUGUAUUUUUGCCACAUCUGUGCAGGAAAGUAAGUCCUUUGCCAAGGGGGCUGGCAGAGGUGGGAUUGGCAUCCGGCGCUGCGGGGAGCCGCACGAAGCGCAUCCGCGGUGCGGCGUCUCCCCGCCGAGGCAGAUUGCGGUACAGCCACGCGUCUCCAGCACAGCCUCUGCCUCUGGAGCAGGCUGGCUGCUACAGCUUUUGAGCUGAGUAGAUAUGGGUCAGGAAGGAUCCCGGCUGUAUGGUCCUGUGUCUCCUUCAUCAGAUCUCACCAUGUACAGACCUGAUCCAACCACGUCAACUGGCACCCUCUUUGCUGAGAUCCUCGGAAUCGACUCUCCAAGUCGCCUUUCCACAUGGGUAACUGCGUUGUGUGGAACAGUUUUGAACAAUUGACUUCUCUUGCUAAACCUUUGUUCUCCCUAAAUGGGACACAAGUGUCAGUUUCAUGAUGACACCUCCUGUUCAAGUUUGGCUUUCCUGUUUCCUGUGAGCUGAGCUGUCUCAGUAAAGCGCAAGAAGAUGCCAAUCUGCCAGGCAGAGUCAGGCAGCUGUGGCUAUGAAGUAGUGUCUCCUGUUUCAUCUUGGUUUUGUCUUGUGGUUGAAGGGCUGGCUUCUGAAGUUAGAGGAGAGCAAAAACAGUUCAAACUGAGGACAGUGCAAAACAUUCAGAGCUGUUAGUCCCAAAUUUGAUAUUUUACUGCUCAGAUGUAUGGUACUUUGGGGAUUUAGUUGUGGCUUUUGAAGAAUUUAUCUCCCUUUAUGGCUGGGUGAAAAAAAAAAUGUUUUGGUGGUGAUACCUUAACUUGGAUGUGGCUGUGUAUCAGAGUCCUCAGCUGCUGGGGUUCGCAGCCUGCUGUGAAGGGUCACCAUGGGCAUGCACCGUGUGCUGCACAGCCGUGACGUGGAAUGUUCCGCUGCUCUGCCAGAGUGGCAGCCUCUUACAGCCAGGAAUAACUCAGCAAAGCCAGGAAAUAAGAACAGAAUGAUGGACCCCUGCUUUGAGCCAAGUCUCAUCAGUUUUUGCUCGAUUUUCUUCUUGUUUACACAAGCAAAUGCUGCUGCAGGAAGUAUCCUUGUCACCACUGAGACGUGGAAGGUACAUUACUAUUGACCACAAAGACACAGGAACAGUCCCACAGCUUUUUCUCCUGGACAGCAAGAUGUGACACAGCUGGCCACUGGCAAAGGGAAAAGGCUUUGAGGAAAGGACUAACAUGUUCAGGGAAGCGGUUGAAUGCAAGAAUUAAUUCCUUUCAGAGACAUCUUUGAGAUACUAUCUUCCAUCAUCUCGUGCAAGUCUGCUUGGGCAUGUGGGGUUUUGGUGUGAGGCAGUUUUUUGUGAUUGUGGGCGAGUUGUUCAGGAGGUCUCUUAUUAAAAAAAAACAAACUUGCCAAAUAUAUUUAUCGCAUUUCUUACUCCAGUAAACUUUCUGCAAAUAGCUUUUCACUCAUAUACCAAACUUGACUGCAAAAUCAUGGCCUCAUCCCGAGACUUUCCUCCAAAAAGAGAUACCACAUUGUGUUUUGGCUACACAAUAAGUUUCAUAUUUAUAAUGUUUCUUUUUUAAAAGUGACCAUCUGGACAAAUACAGACUUUCUUGCAACAGGUUUAAUCAGAAGUUCUUUGUUCAGCACACCUGGAAGGAAUGUGAUGAGCGUUUUCUCUCCUUCUCUUUUUCAUUGCUUUUAUGAGUAUUUCUUGCAUUCUCAGCCCUCACCACAGUCAGCAUCGCUCUGUCUGCCAGAAAUUUCAAUUGAAGGUGUUGCUCUGCCAUAUAAAAGCGUACAAAACUCAUGACGUUUUUAGUAUUUUUACACAGCCUGCCUUCUAGUCACUAGAGGGCAUUGUCUCUCUGAAGCACAAACACCCAUCCAGGAUCUUGCUCUUAAAAUCGGCAUCUUGUUAUCAUCAUCGAGCUGAGACGAAUGAGCUCGAUUAAUUUAAUGCUGAAUUCUGUUGCCAAAAAGGAGAGAAGAGGCCAUGGGAGAGCUUUCUAAUAAAUAGCAAGGCUUGGGUAAAAAGCCUCUAAACCCUGGAAGCCACUCUAAGAGCCAGAAUAUGGAUUUAUUGUAUCUGAUAGUCUUGCAGUAAUUCCCAAUAGCCUUCGAUUGGGAAAGCACCAGCAAGCAAAGUGCAAGCAGGGUUCUGGGAAGGAGGGAACUUGCAGGAAUAGCCACUCCCCUGCUCCAUUAGGGUCCUGCCCUUCCUCCAUGGGGCUAGGCCAUGACUCCCAUGUGUACCUACCCCUCAGGCUCCUCUGUCUCCCUCUUUUUUCCUCCCUCCUCCAGGCAAAAAGCAAAGCAGUUCUCGGAACAAGUUUUCUGAUGCCACCCCUUUGGCUCUGGUGGGAAUGGUCAUUUUUCAGUGCACAUCAACUCUCUUAGUUCAUAGGACCCAGGUGUACACAGAGGCCAUUACAGACCAUCUACUCACCCUCACUUACACUCCAUCUUUAGUUUGAAAUGGUGCCCAGCAAUGCAGUUAGAUCACCUUGCAAACUGUAUUCCUAGUGGGAGCAGCCUGGCCUCUCUGAGCAAAGCUGGGAUAGGGACAGUGACAGGCAGGGUAAUUCUGACUUCACACUAAAUAUUUUUCUGCUUACUGAUGCUAGGACUUGUGUUUUUGAGGAGAAACAUAUUUUUUAUUAUUAUACCUCACCCCCAACACUCAUCUGAGGGCCUUGCAAUGUGACAUGAGAUAAUGACACAGCAGCCAGUGCUCAAAUCCUGGUAAGAGAUCCCACUCACCCUAUCAGGCCAACCUGUGCCAUUACUGUAGGAGGCUGUGGUGCCCUUGACCCCUUCGAGGUCUGACUUCUCUGGCUGGAAUAAUACACAUAAUUUCAAAGGAAAUAAAACAGCUGCAGGUAGCAAAUGUAUUUUAGCCUGUUUUGACCCAGACCAUUGCAGCACAAAGAAAUGGACAACACUUUCAUCAUGUUGCAUGUACCUGUCAGUUCUGCUCCAAGCAACAUCUUUGAAUUGAAAGAAAGGACAGACAGGAUCAGCACCUGGCUCUGAAAACAUCUCCUGGAUGGGUGAUGAGAAAUGCACAGAUGCCACCAGAGACUAAGCCUAUGGAGAGUGCAGAAUGUAUUUUUCACAGGAAAGAUUGCCUAAUUUACCAUUAGCAUUUUCACAAAUACAAAUUACAAGGAAAUGCAUUAAGGAAAGAAUUAAUCAGAUUCAAAGGCUUUGUAGCAAUUAGAAAAAAGAAUGGCAUCUUCCUGGGCUCCCCUGGGUGGUGGUAAUUACCAGCUGCACAACUGUGGCUUGUGCCACAAAGAUUUCUG